CUAAAAAAAGUAGCGUCGCCUCGAAGAGCAGAGAGCCAGAGAAGUCAAGAAGAUUAUCUUUAAUCGACCAUGGGAAAGGUGCACGGUUCAUUGGCUCGUGCCGGGAAGGUGAGAGGUCAGACCCCGAAAGUGGCUAAGCAGGACAAGAAGAAGAAGCCACGUGGCCGUGCUCACAAGCGUUUGCAACACAACCGCCGUUUCGUCACCGCCGUUGUUGGCUUUGGCAAAAAGAGAGGACCAAACUCAUCAGAGAAGUAGACAAACCAAGACUUUUGUUGUGAUUUCUGUUCGGAUUUUUUGAUGUUUAGAUAACGCGUUUCAGUUCCGGUAUAAUGAGUCGAUGGAUAUUGAGCCAAUGCUUGCUGUCAAUUUGAUCCGUGUUCCUCCUUGGAUUAUUAUUAUUAUUUGUUGGACAAACUACUUCAUUAUAUUAAAGAAACUCAAACUC